AGGAGGAGGAGGGAACUCCUCCCCAGCAGCAGACAGCGCGCUCUGUCGCCUCUCGGCGCAAUAUGGUGUCCUGGAUCGUCUCCAGACUUGUGGUACUGGUGUUUGGUACGCUAUAUCCUGCCUACUCCUCAUAUAAAGCCGUCAAGUCCAAAGAUGUAAAAGAAUACGUGAAAUGGAUGAUGUACUGGAUAAUAUUUGCCCUAUUUACAUCUGUGGAAGUAUUCACAGAUAUGUUUCUUUGCUGGCUUCCUUUCUACUAUGAACUGAAGAUAGCCUUUGUGGUGUGGUUAUUGUCGCCUUACACUAAAGGCUCCAGUGUGCUCUACAGGAAGUUUGUCCAUCCCACUCUUUCCUCUAAAGAAAAGGAUAUUGAUGACUACAUCUGCCAAGCCAAGGACAAAAGCUACGACACGCUGGUGCAUUAUGGGAGAAAAGGGCUGAAUGUGGCCGCCACCGCUGCAGUCAUGGCUGCAACAAAGGGCCAAGGAGUUCUGACAGACAGGUUGAGGAGUUUCAGCAUGCAAGAUCUGGCGGCGUACGAGUCGGACACGGCCAGCUCCACGCAGCCAACCAGCGCGGAAGCCGCAGCUCAGCACCGGGCCCGCACCAUGAUGCGGAGCAAGUCUGAGAGCUACAACAAAGAUUUUGACAUGACUGAUUAUGAGGUGUUGGCAUUAGACCGAAGGGAGCCAGAGGAGUCGCUGACACCUGAUCCCUCACCACCCUCGACGCCUUCUCCCAUUCCUCCGGCUCUGGAGGAGCUAGAUGAGGGAGCGAAGGGUGCGCGGGGGGCUCCAAUCAUGCCUCAGCUCGGGCUCGUGAAAGGAAAAGCUCCCGAGGUACCCACUCCGCCUGGUCCCCACGAGUGCUGCCUGCCUCUAACACGCUCCCCUGCGCCCCCGAGAGUGUUCAUUCACUCACCCAGCAGCUCUGAUGUUAUUGUUUGAAACUGCUGUGUCACUACAGUAAAUGAUCCUCAUGCUUGAAGUGCACCUGCAGCCGUUAACACCUUCUUCUUUUUUUUAACCCAUGGAGAAUUAGGUCGACUUGGACUUGUUGUGCAAUGUGUGACCGUAUCUGGAACAGCGGCACGUAAAGGCCAACUAGAAAGAAUGUAUUGAUAUGGAUUGACUAAGUACAUUUCACCACAUAAUUGCUUUAAGUAUUAUGUUUGUCUUAAUGAUUCGACAGAACGAAUCCCCUUUAAGAAGUUUACAUUGUCCUAAAGCACAGGUGUCAAAUGUUUACUUUGAAACGUGAUUUCUAUUGUAUGAAUAUAUAAAGUAAAAACAUAAAUAUAAUAUAUGAAGUAUGAGAACAUUUUAAAAACGUUUUUAAGAAUCAGUCAUUCCUUACAAGAGACUUAAAGGUGAGUGAAACAUUCAUGUAAUGAUGAUGCCAUACUGCAACUUUGAUUUAAAUCAUGUAAUAUUGUAGAACGUGCACAAUUUUGCUCAUUAAUGUUGCACUCAAAAGUGCUUCAAUCGUCAUACGGCACUUAUUGAAAUAUUUGGAAAUUCAGCAUUUUAACUCGAGGAAAUGAAAGUGUCAUUACUUAUAACAUUAACUAAGUGCAGAAUUGAUAUUUUAUAUUCGGUACUCCGGUUUGCAUGUUGGUUAAUUGAGGACUUUAAAUUGUCCAUUGUCAUGAAAGAGCGAGAAGGAACUGUACGCCCUGGACUGGUCGCCACUCAGUCACAGUGGACUUACAGCAAAACACCCCCUCACACUCACAUUCAUACCUAUUGACAAUUUAGUCUUCAAUGAAUAUAACAUGCAUGUUUUGGGAAGCUUUGGGAGAAAGCUGGACUGCAAGAUUUUGUUUUUAUUUAGUGUUCAUUAUUUUCAAUAAGUUAUACAAGUAUUACUGUAUAAUGUUUCUCUUUCUCUUUGUUCUUUUCUGAACAAAGUGAUCAUGUGGCUCUUGUUUGCCUUUCUUCCCCGUAGCCUCCUCUUAGAGUCUUAAGGCCUCUCACGAGAUCCAGGAGCGCUGUGUUCAAACACUGAAGCCAUGUGAGCGCGUGGGCAGUGCACAUUGACGCCUCCAGCUUGCUGCAACACGUAAUUUUAAUAAAAGGAACCUUACGUGACUGAAGCGGCACUGCUUUGGAAUUCGGUAUUACCAAAGUGACCUGUGAUGACCUGUCUAUAUGAUGAUAUAUGAUAUGAUACUAGGGAUUAAUUAUAUGUACAGAGUGUGUAUUUUUUUUUUCUGUCACGUUUGGUGGGGCACUUGCAUGUGUGUCUGGCCAUGCAUUAUUAAUUGUGCUACAGGAUAUACUGCAGCUCCUCGCUUGUCAUCAAUAAGUGUAAGUCGCCACGGGUCAAAUGCAUGGCUGCUGUGGUGUACAUUAUGUGGAAAAAUGUGAUGUGAAUCCUAAAAACAACAUCUUGUCAUGAAAAAGUCAAGCAGCAGUGGCUGAAUUAUUUACCUCUAUUAAAGCCUUAACGAAAGAGACAUGAGACAAGUAUACAUGGCGAUAGAGUAGUCAGAGGGCCACAUGUAUUUGGACAUCCAUCCAUUUUCUGAGCCGCUUCUCCUCGCUAGGGUCGGGGGCGUGCUGGAGCCUAUCCCAGCUGUCAUCGGGCAGGAGGCGGGGUACACGCUGAACUGGUUGCCAGCCAAUCGCAGGGCACAUACCAGCAGACAACCGUUCGCACUUACAUUCGCACCUACGGGCGAUUUAGAGUAUCCUAUUAAUGCAUGUUUUUGGGAUGUGGGAGGAAACCGGAGUGCCCGGAGAAAACCCACGCAGGCACGGGGAGAACAUGCAAACUCCACACAGGCGGUGCCGGGGAUUGAACCCGGAUCUGUGAGGCUGACGCUCUAACCAGUCGGCCACCAUGCCGCCAGGUAUUUGGACAGUGUUUUCAAUAUGUGAUUAAAGUGUCUGAAGACUGUCAGUCGGACAUUUAUCUUCAAUUCAACAGGUUUCCCAAAUACUGUUUUUGGUAUUUACCAUUUAGGUAUUACAGCCAUUCUAUGGGGUACUCCAGGAUCUUUGGGAGAAAAAAAGACAGCGACUGUCCUAAUACUUCUGGACCAAACUAUUUCUA